AGAGUUUAGUUUCACCUGAAAUCAGCAUCCUUUAUAAGUCAGUCAUCAGGCAGUGAACAGCACAGUCUAUGAAGACAAAGAACGAAAAACAACACCUCUAAUAGACAAUGGGACUCUUGACGUUUGCACUAGCGGCUGCAGGAGCAGGUGGAGCUGUGGUGGCGGCUCCUGUUGUCCUCGGAGUUGUUGGCUUCACCUCGGCUGGGAUUGCUGCUGGAUCCUAUGCGGCCAGCAUGAUGUCAGCAGCUGCCGUUGCUAACGGUGGAGGGGUGGCAGCUGGAAGCGUGGUGGCUCUUCUGCAGUCAGCCGGUAUGGCUGGGUUGUCAGGUGCUGCCACUGCCGCCGUGGGGAGUGUUGGAGGAGCAGCCGGCGGACUUGUGGCAGCACUCAUCUGAGACAGAAAAACAGUCCAGAACACAAGGAACACAUGACUGAAGAUGAUUUUACUCUUGUCAAUUAGAAUAAUUGACAACAUCUGUAAAAUUAAUUGCUUAAUCCUUAUCCUUGUGAUGAAAGGACAAACACUGUCUUUAAAAGAGAAAAAGAAAUAAAAAGAUUUUUAUUCUUUU